AUGGAUUAUGUCAACUUCUUCCUUUUUCACUCCGUCAAUCCGCUUGAUGCACCAACAGAUACCAACAGAGGAAUCUCCUUUUCCAACCCCAACCCACAUCGAAAACCUCAGACUCUCAGAGACGGGGGGAAUGAUGGGAGCUGGCCGGGCCCUUGCAAUGGUGUAGCGCGUAGCGUGUACCGUAAUGGAAAGACACGGUGGAUACGAAACUUACCAGGAAAAGCUCACCGUGGUCCCGUAGGCAACGAAACAUCUUGGCAAUGUGGGAAUCGAGUUUCUCCGGCUUCAGAUAAUCAGAUUAGGAUAUAUUCGGGCGGCUGGCUGGCUACCAUGUCCAAGCUUCAGUUGCGUACCAAUACCAAUCCCAAUCCUGAAGAGUCAUCCGGCGAAGCAAACAUUCAUGGACUAACUACCAGGCACCCAGCUAGCUAG